GCGGGAGGCGCUGGCGCCAGACGCGGAGCGAAGGAGCUACGAGUAGCCGCCGAGAGGCCCCGGAGCCAGCGACGACCAAGCCAGCCGAGCCGCCGCCGCCGCGCCGCCAUGGCGGCCGCCAAGGACAACCAUGAGGACCACGACACCUCCACUGAGAAUGCAGAUGAGUCCAACCAUGACCCCCAGUUUGAGCCUAUAGUUUCUCUUCCUGAGCAAGAAAUUAAAACGCUGGAAGAAGAUGAAGAGGAGCUUUUCAAAAUGCGGGCAAAGCUGUUCCGAUUUGCCUCAGAGAACGAUCUCCCAGAAUGGAAAGAACGAGGCACCGGUGACGUCAAGCUCCUAAAGCAUAAGGAAAAAGGGACCAUUCGUCUCCUCAUGAGGAGGGACAAGACCUUGAAGAUAUGCGCCAACCACUAUAUUACGCCAAUGAUGGAGCUGAAGCCAAAUGCAGGCAGUGACCGUGCCUGGGUCUGGAACACCCACGCCGACUUUGCCGACGAGCGCCCCAAGCCGGAGCUGCUGGCCAUCCGCUUCCUCAAUGCUGAAAAUGCACAGAAAUUCAAGACAAAGUUUGAAGAAUGCAGGAAAGAGAUUGAAGAAAGAGAAAAGAAAGGAGGAUCAGGCAAAAACGACAAUGCUGAGAAGGUGACUGAAAAGCUAGAAGCUCUUUCAGUGAAGGAGGAGAGCAAGGAGUCUGAAGAUGAGGAGACCAAGGAAAAAGCCGAGGAGAAGCAAUGAGUCUGAGUCCUCUGCCCUUGCUUUCUGUUCCUUCCUUCUUUUCCUUUUUUAAAACAAUUUGCCCUGCCCCUUUUCGGUUUGUUUUUAUUCUGUUUUGUUUUUACAAGGGACUUUAUAUAAAGAACUGAAUUCUAGCAUUCAGGUGUUUUUUUUCUAAGUUUUUGCCCUCUUGAAGAUGACUUCAGAAAAUCCAUUCCCCAGUCAUGAAAAUGUACUGUGCUAACUUUCUUUUCCAUAGUGGAAACACUUAUUUAUAGUCAUCAAAAAUAGUGAAUAAACAACACAUUGGAAACCUUCAUGGAGGGCAGGACCAUGUGUGCGCCGGCCCUGUCCUGGCAGCAGUGUGGGUUCCUGCUGGCCCCGGGGUGUUGGGGUGGCACUCUGGGUCUGACCCCGCUUGUCAUACUUGUUUUGGACUUUGGGCGGCUGCG